GUCAUUUUUCUUCACGGAUUGGGAGAUACCGGGCAUGGAUGGUCAGAAGCGCUUGCGGGUAUCAAAAGCCCCCAUGUAAAAUACAUUUGCCCACAUGCGCCAGUUAUGCCAGUUUCUUUGAACAUGAACAUGGCUAUGCCAUCAUGGUUUGAUAUCAUUGGACUUUCUCCAGAUUCACAGGAAGACGAAGCUGGGAUCAAGCAGGCAGCAGAGAAUGUUAAAGCACUGAUAGAUCAAGAAGUUAAAAAUGGAAUUCCUUCUAAUCGAAUUAUUCUGGGCGGCUUUUCUCAGGGAGGUGCUUUAUCAUUGUAUACAGCUCUUACAACGCAACAAAAAUUAGCAGGUGUGGUAGCCCUCAGCUGUUGGCUUCCUCUGCGGGCUUCUUUUCCUCAG